GCGGUGGAAGUUCCGGGGAGACAGCGCAUGCGCAAGUGUACGCGUUGCCGGCGAAGUGGGGAGCUUGACGACUCGGAAAUUUGAAUAGCACUGUAGCAUGGAGUGUGACCUCAUGGAGACUGACAUCUUGGAGUCGUUGGAAGAUCUAGGUUACAAGGGUCCGUUGUUAGAUGAUGGUGCGCUGUCUCAGGCCGUCUCUGGUGGAGCCAGUUGCCCGGAAUUUACCAAACUCUGUGCUUGGCUGGUGUCUGAAUUAAGAAUGCUCUGUAAACUAGAGGAAAAUGUGCAAGCAACUAACAGCCCGAAUGAAGCUGAAGAAUUCCAGCUUGAGGUGAGUGGGCUUCUAGGGGAAAUGAACUGUCCGUAUCUUUCACUGACAUCAGGGGAUGUGACCAAGCGCCUUCUUGUCCAGAAGAACUGCCUCCUUUUGCUCACAUACCUCAUCUCAGAACUAGAAGCUGCCAGAAUGCUCUGUGUGAAUGCUCCUCCAAAAAAAGCUCAAGAAGGAGGCGGUAGUGAGGUCUUUCAAGAGUUGAAAGGCAUAUGUAUUGCUCUAGGAAUGUCCAAACCUCCAGCCAAUAUAACUAUGUUCCAAUUCUUCAGCGGGAUUGAAAAAAAAUUAAAGGAGACAUUAGCAAAAGUUCCUCCUAAUCAUGUGGGAAAGCCUUUACUGAAGAAGCCAAUGGGACCAGCCCACUGGGAAAAGAUUGAAGCAAUUAACCAAGCCAUAGCCAAUGAAUAUGAAGUUCGGAGAAAGCUGCUAAUAAAACGUUUGGAUGUCACUGUGCAGUCCUUUGGCUGGUCUGACAGAGCUAAGAGUCAGACAGAAAAAUUAGCAAAAGUUUACCAGCCGAAACGCUCAGUCUUAUCUCCUAAAAGUACUAUUUCUGUUGCCCAUCUUUUGGCUGCAAGACAAGACUUGUCAAAGAUUUUAAGAACAAGCAGUGGCUCUAUUAGAGAAAAGACUGCCUGUGCCAUCAAUAAGGUGUUGAUGGGCAGGGUGCCUGACAGAGGUGGUAGACCCAAUGAAAUUGAACCUCCACCCCCAGAGAUGCCACCAUGGCAGAAAAGGCAAGAUGGCCCUCAGCAGCAAACAGGAGGCCGAGGAGGGAGAGGUGGUUAUGAACAUUCCUCAUAUGGAGGACGAGGCAGUCAUGAACAAGGAGUAGGGAGAGGUGGACGUGGUGGCUAUGACCACGGUGGUCGAGGGGGAGGAAGAGGAAAUAAGCAUCAAGGAGGCUGGACAGAUGGGGCGAGUGGAGGAGGAGGUGGCUACCAAGAUGGUGGUUAUCGAGAUUCGGGUUUCCAGUCCAGUGGCUAUCAUGGUGGCCACAGUGGUGGCUAUCAAGGCGGUGGUUAUGGUGGCUUCCAAACAUCUUCGUAUACAGGAAGUGGAUACCAGGGUGGUGGAUACCAGCAGGACAAUAGAUACCAAGAUGGUGGGCACCAAGUUGAUCGAGGCAGUAGUCGUGGAGGUAGAGGUGGUCGUGGAGGGCGAGGUGGUCGCGGAGGCCAGGGAGGAGGUUGGGGAGGAAGGGGGAGCCAGAAUUAUCACCAAGGGGGUCAAUUUGAACAGCAUUUCCAGCAUGGAGGUUACCAGUAUAAUCAUUCUGGAUUUGGACAGGGAAGACAUUAUACUAGUUGAGGCUACAGAGUUUUGUAUUUUGCUAGAGCUCAAGUAAUAGAAACUUAGUUUCAGAACCCUGAACCCAGAAUCUAUUUUGAAUUAAUGUGAGACCGCAGGUGGCAGGCAGAUUCCUGUGUAGCAUAAGCAUUUGUAGGUCAUCAUUCAGUUCUGUCAGUUUUUUUAAUGGCUUACAUAAUGCUGUUUAUUUGAGAAACACAUACAGCAUCUCUCCUUUGUAUAAAGAAUUUUUUAAAAGGUGGUAAAAGUUGCCUUUAAUCUUUGACCAGUAGACUAAUUCCACAAUCAGAAAAUGCUACUUUUUUUGAAGAAAUUACUUGGAUAAGUAGCUCUCCUGUUUUAAAUAUGCAGUUUUGAAAAUGAGGAUUUUCCUAGAUUUUUUUAGAUCUACAGCUAGGAAAAAAAGAAGCCUUCCUAAUAUUAACAAUCCAUUUGUAUGUAUUUUGCCUGAAGUAUUCUAAUGCCUAUUUUCCAAGCACAGUUCUGCCCCGGGCUGGGUUUUAUUCUGAGGUUUUGCCACAUCUUCAUGAUAGGACUUUUAGGUCUGUUCCUAUUAAAUGAGCUCUUCUGCAGAUAGCACACUCAGUAGCCUUAUCCUCUUGAUGGAAUACUGUAUCUUAUGCUCAACUCUGAAAACCUUGAACACGGCCAGAACCGUGAAGAUUAUACAGGCAAACCAUGUUGUGAAACUAUAGUCCAUGUAGGCAUCUAGUUAAGUAUAGCAAUUCAAACUGACCUGCAUCCUUCCAAAACAAGUUCUUUCUUCAACCUUGUUUUUACUUGAAAUCUGCUAGAAGAAACAGCAAGCUGAAUUUUGUUUUAUGCACGAGUUAAUACCACUGGCUCAGCAAAUACAAGUUAUUUUGCUUUGGGCAGGAGACUCUUUUUGUAAUGAAAGAAAUGCACUACCAAGUAAGAAGACGGAUUUUUGCCUAGUGCAGGAGGCCCUUUAUUAUUGCUGCAGAAAACAAAAGCCUGGCUGAGUUGAUGUUUUACAUUCUCCUUUACUGAAAUCUUCAUGACGCUUCUUGCUGGGUUUUUGUAUACGUAAACAUUGUCAAGCUGUGAAAGAAAUGGCUGGAGGUGUGCUUUGUGUGAAAGGUGAGCAAUAAAGUAUCUGUACGUUC